AUGGGGACUAUAUGUGAUGAAGACAAAUGUGUUAAAUUCAAGUCUGCUGGUUCAGAUCAUAGUAGAGAUGAGGAUGCGUUACUGCAAGAUCAAGAAGAUGAAUCUUUGUCUCUGUCUGAUCUUUCCAGCAACAAGAAGGUUGAAAAACACGAAAAGGCGCAGCGUAAAUUAGAGGCUCAAGAAGAGUUUAACUUCAGCUCUUGUGGCGGGUCUUUUCUGGAAGACUCGCAGAUGUGCGCAGCUGAUGAAGUCUUCUUCAAAGGCAAACUUCUCCCUUUCCGUCACUCCAUAAGUUCUGAAACCGGGUUAGCCAUGUUCCGUCAUGACAUCCGUCCAUUCAUCUCGAGAUCCCAAUCCAUGGAUCACCGGUACACGAGCAAUAGUACCGGUUCUCCUAGUGGUACCAGUGGCACGACCACUAGGAGCAGCAGCAUAAGGAGCUCACUGAGUAGCGGAAGCACAUCCAGUACUAUUGCUCGUGUACCACAGCUUCUCAACCGGAAGCCGCCACGAGUCAAAAUCCGAAACCAGUUCCACUCCCACCCGAGUCCCACCCCACAAAUCCGGCUCUCAACGAGCCGACACCGCAACACAAACCACACUCAUCACUGGAGCCAGAAGCUAAGGUUUUUCCACAUGGGGGGUUCAGUCCAAACCCCAGAAAUCAAACUCGCAGACCUCAAAAUCCGCCGCAACAGCACCGUCAACACCGGCAUCAAUUUCGGCAGCCGCAACAGCAACAGCAGUACCGGAACAAGCAAUAGUAACGCAAGUAGUGACGCAAAGACAAAAAAGAAAUACUGGGCGUUUUUCAACGAGUGCAAGUGUAAGGUAGACACUGUGGAUCAAACAGCAGGAAGGAGAUUAAUUAGUGUAAGGAAGAGUAACAGUUGCGUUAAUUAUGAGACAAUUGGAGGAGACACGAAGAAGGAGAAAGAAAAAGGAAAGCAGGCAAUGUCACGUCAUAGAACAUUUGAAUGGUUAAAGCAGAUAGCAACUGCAGAUGUUAGUGUUAAUGGUAGGCCAGAUUGUGAUGAGUUUGACAGAAGCAACUAG